AUGGAGACUCGUUUGCGCCAAGUUUCCAGUGAGCUCCGUGCACAUCAGCAACUGGUCAGUGUCCUUGCACCAUCGCUGCAGUCGAUAGAAGCUGAUUCUGUCACUGCGGAGCAGCCCGUCGAGAUCUUUAAACUCGCACGAAUUGUCUUCUGUCUGAAUCGAGGGGUGGAGGAAUCCUCAGUGUCACAAGGCCGCCGGCAGAAAAACAGGGAGUUAAGCGUCGACAUUGACCACUACAGCCUGCAGCAGAAGGUGGCAAGGCAUCUCAGCUACAGCAGCUACAAGAUUCUUCGUGAAAUUUGUGAACCAGCUUCCUUCUUGGCUUUUCUUUGUCAGGAGCCUUGCAGGCUUGGAGGACUAAAGCAAGCGACGCCUUCGCGAAGCAAUGUCCAUAACUCGGGCAACCAAGUGAGCCGUGAGCCAGCAAGAUGUUGGCCAGCUAACGAGGUUAAUGCAGCCGAUUUCUUUCUUUCACACUGCGGUCUCUGA